AUGGCCUGCCGGGGUGUGACAUACCCGGCACUAGGCGGUGAGCAGGUCGGUGGCGGCGCGGGGCGGGGUGUGACAUACCCGGCACUAGGCGGUGAGCAGGUCUGGCGCGGCGCCGGCGAGCAGGUCGGUGGCGGCGCGGGGCGGGGUGUGACAUACCCGGCACUAGGCGGUGAGCAGGUCUGGCGCGGCGCCGGCGAGCAGGUCGGUGGCGGCGCGGGCGGGUGUGACAUACCGGCACUAGGCGGUGAGCAGGUCUGGCGCGGCGCCGGCGAGCAGGUCGGUGGCGGCGCGGGCGGUGUGACAUACCGGCACCAGGCGGUGAGCAGGUCUGGCGCGGCGCCGGCGAGCAGGUCGGUGGCGGCGCGGGCGGGUGUGACAUACCGGCACCAGGCGGUGAGCAGGUCUGGCGCGGCGCCGGCGAGCAGGUCGGUGGCGGCGCGGGCGGGUGUGACAUACCGGCACCAGGCGGUGAGCAGGUCUGGCGCGGCGCCGGCGAGCAGGUCGGUGGCGGCGCGGGCGGUGUGA